CCAUUUUGUUGUGGGAGUAGUUAAACACAUUACCAUGGCUACUAUCAAACUUGUUGGAGCUCUCUUGUUUGUGUUAUUAGGGUUAGGAACAUGUUCUGCCACAAGAGCCCUCUUCACACUUGAUGAAAUCGCUGCCCACAUUAGCCAUGGAACUGGUAUUGGAGUUGAUGUUGGUGUGGGUGUCGGUAUUGCUGGGGGGCAUGGACGAGGAGGUGGCUCAGGUGGUGGUGGUGGAGCCGCCGUAGGUGAAGGUGUAGGUGGGUAUGGAGGUGGAGAGGGUAAAGGAGAAGGUGGUGGUGCUGGAUAUGGAGGUGCUGCUGGUCAUGGUGGUGGGGGUGGAGGCGGAAGUGGAGGUGGCGGUGGAGCUGGUGCUGGAGGUGCUGGUGGAGCUGGAUAUGGUGGUGGAGGUGGUGAAGGUGCGGGGGCUGGAUAUGGUGCUGGUGGAGAGCAUGGUGCUGGUGGCGGAGGAGGAAGUGGUGGAGGAAGUGGCGGCGGAGGUGGUGGUGCAGCAGGUGCUGGGGGAGCUGGCUAUGGUGGUGGUGAAGGAAGUGGAGCUGGAGGUGGGUAUGGUGGUGGGGGAGGGAAGGGUGCAGGAGGUGGUGGUGGUGGUGGUGGGAGUGGAGGAGGUGGCGGAGGGGGGUCUGGAGCCGGCGGGGGACAUGGAGGUGGAUAUGGGGGUGGUGAAGGUGCUGGUGGAGGAUAUGGUGGCGGAGAAGGUGGAGGUUCUGGUGGUGGCGGUGGAGGUGGUUCUGGAGGUGGUGGAGGAGGUGCACAUGGAGGUGGAUAUGGUGGUGGUUCCGGAGGUGGUGAAGGUGGUGGUUACUAAGACAACUACCUCCUCAUUGAUGGAUCGCCACCAUAAAAUGUUUACAAGACGUGAUAUUAAGGAAAAUAAGGAUAAUUUAAUUAAAAUAUGUCCACAAAUUACAAAUAUUGUUCCAACUCUAAUUGCAAGCAUGUUCUUCGAA